AUGACCGACCCUAGACUAGUUGAUAUGGAACCCGGUGGCGAGAGCACACAAUAUGAAUCCAUUCGCGAAUUUACUCAACCACCGGAAAAGCAGACCGGACAGCUGGGUGGAGGCCAGCCGCAUACAAAGAGCGAGAUGAAGACUACAUUUGACAAAAACGGGAAUGGAAACGGAAACGGCGCCAACGGAGAGGAAUACGCCCAGGCACAAAAGCUAGGAAUGGGACAAGGCGCCCAGGGCAAGAACAAAGAAAAUCGGAAUUCCGACAACCCAGUCGAUGCAGGAGCCGCGAGAACCAGGAGAGAGCAGGGGUAUGGGCCUGGCUCCGGCGUCGGGGCUUAA